ACAGGCAUUAUGCCUUUUCGCUAAUGCCCGGCCCCUCUCUCCUGCUUCUUGUCUCUGAAUAUAAAUACGCCCAACGACCCCGAUAAGAAUUCACCUACCACUCUUCCAGUCAUCUAACUCUAUCCCACCUACUUUAUAAUCAUUCCUGAGCCCUCUUUCCUCCAACAACACCUAAACCUUCCUACUUCCUACUUCAACUCCUUCUCCCAACAUUGAACCUACAUUGCGACCCCACAUUCCCAACAAAUUCUAGAACUUCGUUCCACAACAUACCAACAUUCAAAAUGGUUGGAACAAAAAAGGCGGUUCACUUCGGUGCCGGAAACAUUGGUAGAGGUUUCGUUGCUGAGUUGUAUGUAUCUUCCCCAUCGUCAAACUGUCUGGCAUUCCUGCUGUUCGGGAACGACAAACACCCUGCGAUAUACUAACAAACGCUACAGUCUUCACAAGUCCGGCUAUGAAGUCGUCUUCUGUGAUGUUAUGGAUGGUCUGAUCGAGUCUCUCCAGAACAACAAGUCAUAUAAAGUCAUCCAAGUCGGCGCUGAAGGAAAUUCGGAGAGCACAAUCAUGAAUUACCGAGCGAUAAACUCCAAGACAAACGAAGCCGAUGUCAUUAACGAAAUCACAACUGCGGAUGUUGUAACUUGCUCUGUUGGCCCAAAUAUCCUCAAGUUCAUCGCUCCUGUCAUUGCCAAAGGAAUCGACGCGAGACCCAAUGAUGCAACUCCCCUUGCAGUUAUUGCAUGCGAAAACGCCAUUGGCGCAACCGAUACCCUCGCAGAACACGUCAAGCACGAGAAAAACACCUCUCCUGAUCGAUUAGAAGAUCACCAUGAGCGCGCUCGAUAUGCCAACUCGGCUAUUGAUCGUAUCGUGCCUGCACAAGACCCAAAGGCUGGAUUGGAUGUCAAAUUGGAGAAAUUCUACGAAUGGGUCGUUGACCGAACUCCAUUCCAGGACCAUGCCGUACCAUCUAUUGAUGGCAUCAAAUGGGUCGAUGACCUCUUUCCAUACAUUGAGCGAAAGCUGUUUACCGUCAACACUGGCCACGCCGCUGCGGCCUACCACGGAUAUUACCACCAAAAGACCACCGUCUAUGAUGCUUUGCAAGAUCCUGUCAUCAUCGCCGAAGUCCGAAAAGCUUUGGCUGAGACGAGUACUAUGAUAGUUGGUAAACACGGAAUCCAAGAACAAGAACAACAGGACUAUGUCAACAAAAUCAUCACCCGCAUCGGCAACCCUCAUCUUGAGGAUGCUGUUGAGCGUGUCGGUCGAGCACCACUUCGAAAACUCAGCCGCAAAGAGCGAUUCAUCGCACCGGCUACUGAGCUCGCGGAAGAGGGCAAGGAAUUCUCAGCUCUUCUCGAUGCCGCUGAGAUGGCAUUCCGUUUCCAGAACGUUGAGGGAGAUGAAGAGAGUUUUGAACUCGCAAAGAUCAUGGCCGAGAAUUCUCCAGAGCAGGUGGUAGAAAAGGUUUGUGGUCUGACGACGAAGGACAAAAUCUUCCCUCAUGUGGUUGAGGUUGUCAAGAAGGUCCAGGUCGAUGCAUAGAGUGGGGUAUUGAUUCUGCGGGUAAUUCACAGGCGAAAAGGGUUGACUUUUGAGCGUUUUUAUGGCGAUAUUUGGAGGCAUUGUUGGGUUAACAUGCUUGGACAUUUGGUCUUGAUCAGGGAAUCAAGAUGAAUGAAAAGAACUUGAAAAAUUCUUGUGAUGACUUACGAUCUUUACAAUGUAUAAUAGCCGUCAACGUGAAGUUCAUUGCAUACUAAGAAACA